GAACUUGGUUUUCGUGUAUGUUUACGGCCGAUUUCGCUUAGGAAACGUCAGAAAAGUAAACAUUCAUGUUGCAAAAUAAAUAUUUUUUUCUUCAAGUUACAAAAUUAUUGAUUUUGGCUCAAUUACCUACCUCGAUUUCAAGUCCAGUAUGUUAAAUAUGAAGCUGAUCCGCAAACCACCGCCCGACAUGGCGGUGUGUCGCGUGUGCACCGGCCGCGGCCGCCAGCUGGUUCCGUUCGCCCGGUUUGACGCGGAACGCAAGGCGUACCGGCUGGCGGACGCGAUCUACGCCGUGUGCGGCGUCCGAGUCGCGAGCGGCGACGGGCUGCCGCAGCAUUGUUGCGUUCGCUGCCUGCGCGACAUCGAAACGGGCUACAAGGUUCAGCAGCGCUGCCGCGAGUCCAACACGAAGCUGCUCGCGAUCCACCGGCUGAAGGUGACGCUGGCGGCUCUGAAGGGCGGCGGUUUGCCUGAAAGUGAGGAAGCGCGAUGGGAGGAUCCGGCGGAGGUGAAGUCGAUGGAUCCGUUGGUGGACGUAGGAGAGAUUAAAACGGAGACGGAAGGGGAUUUUGAAGAGUUGCACUUCAAAGAGGAAAUAGAGGAGGCUCGCUUGCAAGAGCCCCUUGAGGAAGUAUCCAUCAAGCAGGAGCCGACAGAUGACGUGGAGGAGGUCGCUGAAUGUCACGAUAAAGAGGAAGAAUCCAAAGAAGAUAACGAGGAAGAGGAAUUCUAUGAGGUUAUGGAAAUCGUCGAGAGCACAGACGAUGAAGAGGGCGAUGUUGCGACAGGUCCAAUUGGCGGAUUUAAAUGUUGUAGCUGCAAACAGUCAUUUCUGUCGAUACGCGAGCUGGAAGAACAUGUAAGGAUUGUUGAUAAUGUUUACUCGCCACAGGAAGUGGACAUAAAAGUGCAGUGUAAAGUUUACACCGCAUCGGUACUGGCUGCUCUGAAAAUGAACGGGCAUAUCAAGUACAAUAACUAUGAAUACAGACCGAGGGAAAACAUCAAUCGUCGCCGAUCAGACGAUGAUGUGAAGGAAAAAUCGAGAAUCUGCUGUGGUUGCUCGAAAUACUGUGAAUCACCAGUCGAACUGAUCGCCCACAGCCAAGAAAUGCACUAUCCUCAACGGUUAGAUCCGGACGAACAACGGCCGCUUGCGUGCGACAUCUGCUACCAAAACUUUGCCACCAGAAACGACCUAUUCGAGCACAAAAAGCAAUUUCGCAAAGAGGGAAAGAAAUACCCUUGCACAGAGUGCGGAGAUGGCUUUUUCACUUUUAAAAGUUUGCAAAUGCACAGGAAAUACCACCGCCCAGAUGUGACCAACUGCCACAUGUGCCCAUUUGUCUCAAACUGUCCCCUAAAGCUAAGAAGCCACAUCCAAAGACACUGUACGCUCAACGAUACCUUUAAAUGCCUGGUGUGUGCAAAAUGCUUCAGUACGUCGUCGAUUUUGGCAAAGCAUAGUGCAAAACAUCCAAUCAAAACGAAGUUUAAGUGUCCGCACUGCCCGCGUAUGUUCAACUACGAUAAGUGCCUGAAAAGACACAUCGAGCGACACGUUCGGGAGGGAAGCGUUGUUGAACAGACGGUUGCGGAUGAGGAGGAGAUGAGCGAAUAAAUUAAUAUUCUCCAUCUAUAUUGCUUUUGAAUUUCAAAAAAUCCGAUAUUCCUUCACACCAAACUGCCUCUUUGCUUUGCCUUUCUUUACAACAGUAGUGAAUCCGUCAUUUCCAUUUUCCCC